CGAGGACACCGUAAACAAGAGGUUGCUUUUCUUUUCGACGAGCAGCGUUUUUCGCAGCGUUCCGUUUCCCCGCGCCGCCCGCGCCGCAUGGGUUUUCAGCGAUGGACGUUGAGACUCGGAUCAUAAAGGAGGAAACAUGUCUUGACACUGGUGGUGGUGGCGGCGCUGAAGUGCCGGAGGAUGGUGACGGUGGCGGUGAGGGCAGCACCAACAACAACAACGACGAACUACCUGACGAAGAGGGAGACCAUCAUCCGCCGCCGCUGCAUCACCAUCCCCAUCAUCAUCGUCGUCGUCGUCCUUCCAAAACCGUCUACAGUCUCAACAUGAACGUGUGCAGGCUGUGCCUGUGCGAAGGACACGACAACCUGCAGCCCGUGUUCUACGGCAAGGACGAGCUGGACGUGGUCCUGCAGCAAAAGAUACACGAGCUGACCACGGUGGAGAUUACCUACGCCACCGACUUCCCGACGGCCGUUUGUGUCGAUUGUCUGACGAAGCUCGAGGAGUGGGCCAUCUAUCGGCGGCAGUGCAUCGACAACAACGAAAUGCUGCGGGUCAAGUACUCGGAACUGGACUGCUAUCGUGAGCCGCAGACAGUUGACGCGGGGGACCACCAACAUUACCAGCAGCAGCAACUACGACGAUCGCCGGCGGUCAAAGAGGAGCAGGAAGUGCUGCGGCUGAUGGAUGAGGGGGACGCCGACGCCGGUCAGAUGAACGGGGGGAUGACGUGCGAAGAAGCCAUCGCCACGGCCUACGGCGGCGAACUGGGUGCGGACGGUAACGAGAUCAUUAUCGGAGCGGACGGUGCAACGACCAAGAUUCAGUAUGUCAACGAAGAUGGAACGAUGACGGAGUACGUGACGGCGGCACCACCGGGUGCCGUGAUACGAAGGUCAGGCAGUGCCGCCGGGCUUGACGAUCAGCAGCAGCAGCAGCAGCAGGAGGAGCUACGGAUCGACGGCGACGGCGAUCCGUACGCCGAUGGACCGGCGGAAGACGAGAGGCACGAAAUUUACUACACCGUCGGUCAGGAUGGUGCGUACGCCAUUCACGCGAACGCGACCGCGGGUUACGCGAGUGCCCCACCGGGCAGCUACGUACCGCAGGCGUUCGAGAACCAAACGGAGAUCGAGUGCACCACCAUCCAGGAGCACCUGCCGGAGGAGUACGUCGAAGAGGGCAUCAUCAGUCCGGCCGCGGCCGCCGGACCAGCGAUGAUCGCCACCAGUGCGCGGGGUGCGCACGAUCGGCCGUUCGUGUGUAAACAUUGCAAAACGAGCUUCAAGUACGAGCACAACUACGAUCGGCACAUGAAGAACCACGCGAAGGUGCUGUACCGGUGCGGCAAGUGUUCGAAAACGUUCGUCAAGCUGCGCAAGUGCCAGCAGCACUUUAUGAAGGCGCACUCGUCCCAGCGCUACGAGUGCGACAUCUGCUUCCGGACGUACAGCCUGCCGACGCGGCUGGAGAACCACGUGAUCGAGAUGCACUCCAAGAACGGUGUGUACUCGUGCGAUCGGUGCCGCGGCGAACAGUUUGCUUCCUAUCUCGACUUUAAGGCACACCGCAUGACGCAGCACCCGCGGAACAACGACAACACGGUCGGUGGCGGCGCCGGCGGCAACGUUGGAUCCGAAGCCACCAUUCCGGCGAUCAUCAAGCAGACCGCGUACGGUGACGUGGUGCACAUGCAGCAAAUCCUUACACCGCUCGGCACUCCGUUCGAGGACCCGGAUGCCGAUGGCGGCAGUCCCAGUUCGGACGGUGCCGAGAUGGAGGCUCAUGAUGGGCGCAACAAUCGAAGAGGAUCAGCAAACAGCAAACCUUCACCGGUGGGAAAGAGCCGACCGGGGCCAACCGGCGUGACACGGACACGGCGCCCAAAUGGACGCGUGGUCGGGGCGGGUGGCAAAAAGUCUUCGCCACGCAAGCAGGUUUCGUUGGUGCCGGUGAUCCCGGCACAGCAGCAGGAGGUCAUACUGAUCGAUGACGAUGAGCAGCAGCAGCACGGGCAGCACAACAACGGGAUGGAGCUCAACGGUGCAGCGGGCAGCAGCGGGUUGGACGCCAGUGGCAACGCGCUGCACCGUCAGCUGUUGCAACAGAUCGAGGAAAGUGAAGCGAACUCGCUCGGCCCGAAGCUGUAUCCGUGCGAGAGCUGCUCACAAACUUUCGCCCAUCUCAACAACCUGAAGGCCCACAUCUACGCCGAGCACGACAACGACAAGCCGUUCAAGUGCAAGCUCUGUCCCAUUUCGUUCAAAACAAAGGAGAUCCUCGUAAUGCAUAUGCUGCUACACUCACAGCACAGUAGUACAAUUUAAGGGUUCCCCGAUCAGAGGGAGCCCGAUCAUCGCUUCGCCCGUAGCGCGGCGAGCGCCGUAACUAACCAUGUGCCAACCCUAUCUCGAUCGUGUGAUCCCCAUAUUGGAGUAGCACGCCGCCACAGCGCCGCCGCGCACCGCGGACGGCAGAUUUCAGACGACGUAGACGAAGGCGAAGAAGCAGGACAGAGGAAAACCCAACCGAGAGCUUCCCUACUACUAUCAUUAGAGAGACAAGGACGUAACGUAGCAUAUCCACGCGCUCGGCGUGUUCCCGCGUUUUUCCUACAAAUUGUCGCCCGUGUUUUGUAGUGCCUUCCCCACCCUCCCGCCAGGGCUCUGGUGGUGCUUUGUUAUUUCUUUUAGCCGUUAAGUUGGUUCCCAUCCAAUGGGAACGUCGGGUUCGUCGCAAUCUUCAUCAUCACCGCUUGUUGCCUUCCGAAUGCCGAAUUGGCCCGCGUUUGGCGUGUUUAUGUUUAUUCUUGUUUUUUCUUUUUAAUUCUGUAAGGAUCGAAUCGCCCCACACUCGUUACAAAUCGUACUGCUCCUCGGUACUGCGCAAUGUACGGGCGCACGGAGGGCGCAGAGAGUUCCUUAGGCUAAGAAGAUGGUUGGCGGAGGAAAUCGGAACUCGGUUCCGGUGCCGCGCGAUGGUGCUUCUGUGUGUUCCGACGCCGCUCCCCUUAUGGACCGGGGGUUGGCCGUCGGGACGUUAGUGAAAGUGUACGUGUAAAUCUCGCCCGUAGACCGUAAGACCUCUUACUUCGUACUUGGUGGUUUCCCCGCGGGUUGGUCCACAUUUAGUUUAGUUCCGAACACAUCCCCACCCGCAGGGGGAGGAAGUUCUAUAGCUCGAUGCUAAUAUUCUAUCCGGGAUCAUCCGAUCGUUCGAUCGUUCACGCAAUAUGGAACCGGGAGUUCAUUGAUUCAUUUCUCUUAGAUCAUAUGUAGUCGGAAAAUUCGGUGCGAUAAGGGACAAGCCAAGAGAACAGUGGCACUCCCCGCCGGGGGGCAUUCUGUAUUACGUGCUUUCGGUUGUGCUUCGCGCUACAACCGACAGCAAGGCCAUAGCGAAUGCCGGCGAACGGAGAGGGACAUCAGAUUUCAGCAUAGUUCAAACAGAUUUCUAAACGGCAUCAAACAACGUACUAUUAGUUCGUAGUUACAAGACAAAAGUGCAAAUUGUUCGUCCAAAGGACGAACAGGACGGAUCUGGGAGAGUUACGUAAGAGCGACCAUAAGGUCCGGUGCCCCGGAAGAUCCGGCAUUAGAGGUAGGGUAGCAAAAAAACUGGAACAUCUCUCUACACAUCACCGAUGUGCGUGUCUCGGUUUCGUGUCACCCCCCCAGACGUUACUGAGAAGCGCGCCAUCGACCAACGACAGAG